CGUGCACUCCCAGUUCCAUAUGCAUACUUUAUGUAAUGCUAUGAUAUUUAGAGAAUAGAUUUAGGUCUUGAGAUGUAAGUGUUUGGUGAAGGGAACACUAACUGAUUUACCAAUGUUUACCGGAAGAGUUCUAUCAUAAUACCGUUUAUGGUGUCACUUCAGGAAGAUGUGACGAAGACGAACACAACUGAGGAGAGUUCUCUGGGGCGGCAGCUGGUCAUGUAGGAAAUUAUGUAGCGGAGUACCUAGCAGGCUUCUUCUUCGAUGUAUCUAUGUUUCUGUUCCCCUGUCGUUUGUAUGUAUUGGGUUGAUGGAUGGAUGUAAAUUGUAUAUGAAUGUAUGUGAAUCAUUUAUCUAUCUAUCUAUCUGAAUAUCGACCUUUGUCUCAUCCCUCCUCAGUUAAUAACCACUCUAAUACCUUUCUUGUUGUUCUACAGCCACCUCCAAACUUUGUACGGACUAGAAACUGCAAUUUUAUUUAUUUAUUUUUUUUUAUAUCCUCUUCUUUGUACGUCCUUGUAAAUAUUUCAUAGUUUGUCUUUAGUUUUGUGAAUUGUUCCUUAAUGGCAGUGAAGGCUUAGUGUGUGUUAUGAUAAACGGUGAAAUAUGGGCUUGAGAUCUCCCCGACCACGAGAUUCAUGUUCUAUUGGAAGAUGAGUGAGGUGCUUUAUAUUCACUAACAUGCUCAUCUACUGGACCAAAGCAACCGGACGCACAUCACUAAUUAACGUACUAUUUAACACAACUCAUUCGGGAGACGCAGGCGCUGGCAUUGAAAAUAGCUGGGUGGCGCGCGGGACACGGGCAGGGGGCGGGUGGCGUGUGGGAGGAAGAUGGGGGAGGCGGCGAGAGUAGAGCAGCAGCUGGCCGCCACCCGCCAGUGUUACCGCCAUCCCGGGUCGGUGAGGAGUGAAGCCUACGUGCGUCUGUCUGCCUUCCGACCUCCACUUGAAUGAGCGGUGCACGGACAACAGUGAACGCUCUUGAAACGUGCUUACAUGAAAAAUUUAGAAACAUGUUUUAGCGCUUGUGUUUAUUUGCAUAGUGGUGUUUUAAACAAUUAUAAAAUACUGCAGCGAAGUGUCAGAGAUUUGCAGUUUUGUACGGAAACAUUUUAAUGGAAACCUACCGUGUUGCGUGAAAGGAAAAACGCAGGAAGCUGUAUAAUUUCACGCAUCCUCAUUCUGUCGUUAUAUUCUUUAGUGAACAAACAAGUGCACCCUUAAAGACUCAUUAGCGAGACCAGGGAGCGGUGAGACCCUUCCUCGAUCCACCUUGGCCCUUCUGGGAGACCGGGAGACCGCGAGCAUGGACCACCAUCGCGGCGGCCGGCAGGACCAGGAUGCAGGGGAGAGGGUGGGCAAGGAGCAGGCUGGUGGGCGUGGUGGCCCUCUUCACCUUCACCAUCUCCCUCCACGCUGGAUGCUAUCAAGACAAGCCGAUCAAGAUAUAUAGUUUGGAAGGCCGCCAGCCAGCGCCCACCAGCGGCCCCAGUGCCCCUUGUGCCUUCACUUGCGGCGUCCCCUCUCCCCUAUCCUCCUCAAAGUCCUUCAGCAUGUCAGCUGCUGCUGCUGCUGCUGCCGCCGCCACUGCUGCUGCCGCUGCUGCUGCCGCUGCUGCUGCUGCCGCUGCUGCUGCCGCUGCUGCUGCUGCCGCUGCCGCUGCUGCUGCCGCUGCUGCCGCCGCCGCCGCCGCCUGCGGCACUGCCACUUGUUUCGCCAUAUUCGACCAGGAUUCCAGGGUGAUCCAGAGCGCCUUCCUGCACGCCAUCCAGCACUACAGUCAAAACACCGCGGGCAGGAGGCUUCAGCUUCACGCCUUUGUGGGCAUCAUCAGUAUGGCUGAUGCCUUCAAGAUCUCCAGACUGAGUGGUAACACGGAGAGCAAGUGGAAGAAACCCUGGGAGACUUCCAUGACUCAGGAACAAGCACACCUCACUGGGAGCCUUGUGACUGGCAGGUGGUUCAGACCGACUGGGAGACAUGACGUCAGUGCCACCACGCAGGGAGUAAAACCAAGAGGAGGAAGAGGAGCAUUCAAGAGACAUCAGCUGGCCAGCAGUCCAUUCAGGAGUGCAGCCUCUACAAGUGGUGGAGGGCAUGGACACUUGGAUAUGGAUGACACUGGUUUGGGUGCCAAAUAUUAAUAGUGCACCUACACAAUUACCACACUCGCUCCUCUCACCAGGCUUAACUAUAAAUAAUUAAAGGUAAAUAACAUCUGUCAUCUAUUAUCUAUUGUAUUCUAUAUUGCUGUUAAUGUUUCAUGUAUAAUGUCUUUGCUUUCAAAUGCAAGUCAAAAGGGUGAACCCCAUUUAUAGUACUAUUCACGUUUGGCAAAUUUCACUUUUGACAUUGGUUUGGCUACACUAAUUGAACUGCUAACAGUGAGGGACUACUGUAAAUGUAGUAAUAAUUAUAAUAAUAAUAAUAAUAAUAAUAAUAAUAAUAAAAAGUAAUGAUAAAGUGCAAGACAUGUUCAUUAACGCAAUUAUUUUCUCCAAC